CUUAUCAUAUUUUAGCUGUUCCACUCUAUCUCUCUGACCUUUUCUGUGCUGUUCAAACCAGGAGAGAUACCUCUCUCAGGCUCUGAUAUGUGUGUGCCAGCACUGCUGGGGAUGGAGUACCCCGAUCCCAUGGGAUCUGGUCUCAGUGUGCCUGUGCUGGGGUGUCAGACUGACCUUGUCUCAGGGAUUACAAUACCCUUGGCAGGGACCAUGGAGGACCCAGAUGGAAAAGGCCUAGUGGCCAUCCGCUAUGGAUCUCAGACUGUUGACCCAGUGACAGGGGUGUUGGCCCCUGUGGUUGGAGCCAGGCUGGAUGUGUCCAGAAAAAACAUUCUACCUGUUACAGCUUCCUACUGGUUAACGAUGGCAGAUCAAACUGAUAGUGUACAGGUCGAGGUGCUGCAGAGAGAGGUGUGUGCACGAAACACUUACUGGCAGCAUCAGAGGCAGCGGGAGGAAGAUCUUCUCUCUGAUCUGGACUCUGCUCUUUUCCAGUGUUUCUUUAGAAUCACAGAAGUUAACUCUUCUCAGCAGGUCCAGUGGUCUGGCAGACAGCUGAGGGAAGCAGCCGCGGAACUUCAGGAUUCGUCGCAGGUUGAGGCCCAGAGGAGAGCAGCCCAGCACUCCCACUUGGCUCUGGUCCUGCCUCCACAUGUUUUACACAUCCUCACACUGGGUGAUGAGGAGGAGUGGGAUCAACAGAGUGGUUGGCACUCAGAGCUCAUGUCAGGCCUUGAUAAGGUAGAUGUGUGUAUGGAGCAGCUGCAACAAGAACAAGAAAAGUGGACAACACAAGGAGGAGACUGGGCUACAACCCUGCAUGUUAUGGACAGAGAGCUGAGACAGAGAGAAUUGUGGGAGCAUUGUUGUUCCAGACAUACAGAGUUGGAGGCUGCUCUUACCUCGCUGCACUUUGUCAGACUCCUUUCUCAGCUUCGUGCCGACACUGCUCAGGCUGUACUGUGCGGGAACUUUUGGUACAAGGAAUAUGGUCUCACCCAGUGCCUUAGGCAGAGGCAGGCUGUGAAGGUUAUGGGCUUGAUUCAGCAGAAGGCUCUGCCUCUGCUGGAGAGACUGAACCAGCUGCUGGAAGACAAACAGUCUGCCAGUUUUUUGCCCAACGCCUGUAAUCAGCACAUCUCAGGUUUGUCAACAAAGCAAGCAUAUGGGUUGGACAUAGCCUCCAGAGUAUGGACAGCCUCUGUGCCUGUGGUGAAAGGAAUCUCUACCCAGUCUCUGAGGGAACCGGUUAAUUUGCCUAAUUCUCAGGACACUGGUCUACUGUCCGGCACAGAACCAAUGCACAACUCACAAAGAAACACUGCAUCUUCAGGCAUUCACUCCCAGGAGAGCCAGCCCAUGAAAGAAUCCGGUCAGCCAACGCAUAUCUCUGUCCCCACACUUCCAGAGGAGGAGUGGACCAAGCUGCUGGAGCUCUCUCCUCUAUUUCAGCUGCUGAAGACGGUAGAGCUACAGCUGAAGGGCUGGGCCUAUGGGGCAGGGGUUCUUAGAGGAGAGAUCACUGACAGAGGCAAUAGUUUCAUAGAUGUCCUUGAUGCUCAGUGGGAAUGUGAGGGACAGCUGAUCCCUUUGGACCCAUCAGUCCUUAACCCCAGAGAGUUCCUGGUCUACCAGCAUGGGCUGUUCCUGAUGAACACUUUGCAUAAUCUAAAACUGACUCCAGCCAUUUCACUUCAGAUAGCCGCUAGUCUCCCAAACAACAACUACUUGAACAACGCCUUUAGAAAUUCCUUCUUUUAUCAGGAGGCAGAGGAGGCGCUCUUUGUCCGUCGCCAGAGGCUCCACUCAGUUGGAGGCUUCUCUCUGCUGCUGCUCCACUGUCUGUCCCAUGUCAAAAUUAAAGACAUGAGCUCUGACUCCAGUCCUGCCUUCCAGAGGCUUUUCUUCAAGGUACUGCAGGCAUGCCUGGGGGAGCUGUUUCAGGCCAGACUGGCCAUGACCCCUUCUGUACAGGGAACCAAUUUGUGCGUAUGGUUUCAAGACCAGGGGGCCCCUUCAGGAGACAUACAUGGGACUCUGUCAGAGUCUCGUGCUGCCUCCUUGCUUGACAGGCUGCACAAACCAAGCAGAGGAUUGCUGUCUGAAGAUGAAGUUGAAGAACUUCAGAAGAGGCACAGAGAAACGUCUCUGUUCUCCCAUCUUGAAGGACUUUUGCAAGAGAGGAGCUCUGAGGCUACAGAGAAAGGCGAGGACCAGAUUGGGUAAACAUCUGUAGAGACCGCCUUCUCUGACAAAAUCCUAUGUUUUUCAUAGUAUUCCAUCAGUUCAGGGGAGUUGUGCAUCUGGAAGUGUUUAACAGAAAGGCAAUUACAGUGAGAGAGUGCACAAACUACUAUUAGAUAAUUAGAGGAAAUAUACAGAGCUUACUAGAAAGGCUGACUAAAUCCUUAAAAUCGUCGAAUUUUCUAGUAAAAUAUUACAUGAUGCCGAAUGUGUAAAACUAUACUUACUCACUGUUAUAUUUUUCAUUGUUUUGGAUUUCAGAAAGAGACCAUAAUCCUAUCCAUUAAUCUAACCCUAAACCUAUUUGCCGUCAACUUCAAAACAUAUUUUCUUCCCUUAAAAAUGUUCUAGUUUCAUCAUAAUGUUUACUGUUUGGCUCAGCCCAACGUUUAAACGCCUAGCUGUUUUUUCCACGCAUUUAUAGUUAUAUCAUGUGCCAGGUAAUUCCUUUUAUUUAACUAGGAUAUAAGCAAAUGUAAUUGUGAGACAAAAAUAUCAAUUAACAGACGUUUUAGCUCCUUUUAGGUCAUGUGUCUAUAAACAUUUGUGACUUUUGAGUCUGGUCAAUGAAAAUUAUGUAAACAUUUGUUUAGUGUGUGAACUGUUCCUUUCAUGUUUUUUUUGUGCAAUACUUUGCAUCCUGACUUUUUUGAUGUUUGUUCUUUUUUAACUCCUCAGAGAACCUUAUUUCUGACACAUCUUUAGAUCUUGUAAUCACUGAUCACAAAAAAAGUCACUUUGCAGUGUUUAUUUUUUUUUGCAACAAAACAAUAAUUCCACUGUAAACCAGAAACAGCUUAUCAAAAUCAUACAUAUUUUUGGCCUCAACCAUUAUAAUGACAAUCCUUGGGUAUUUUUGUGGGUGAAUGAUUAAAAGAGGUACACAGACAAACAUGUGCGUGCAAGCAUAUAUAGACAUCUGCUUCUUUUUAGCGGUCCAAUGUGUGGAGGAGGGGAAGUCCAUAGGAACAAAAGCCAUGCUGAGAUUCUAACGCCUCUGAUGACAGAAACUGCUGCCUUCAA